ACAAGAAGAAGAAGAAGAAGAAGAAGAAGAAGAAGAAGAAGAAGAAGAAGAAGAAGAAGAAGAAGAAGAAGAAGAAGAAGAAGAAGAAGAAAUAAAGCAGAAUAAGAACAGGAACAAGAAAUAAUAAAACAUUGUUUAAGAGAUGGAGGGAGACUUCCCUCCUGAGCGUCUGCUGACCUCGGUGAGGAGGCUCAAAGAGGUGUUCGACGCCUGUGACUCGGACUCGGUCGGGUUUAUCCGCCCUGAACACUUCGAGCAGUUGGGUUCUCAGUUCGGACACGCAGACCAGGUGAAGAAAUUGUCCAGCUGUCUGGACCCCGACUCUCACGGGAGGGUGAACUUCAAAGACUUCUGCCGCGGUGUGCUCACCAUGAAAGGUUAUGUUGGAAUCUUACAAAAGAAAACCGGGGCACGGUUCAUCACAGCCUCAAAUGAGACAGCUAAGAGUUUCUAUCAGGGCGUUGAGGAGGAGCAGCUCUGUCUGGCCAUCAUGUGCACGCGGGCCUUUCCUGACCUCGUCCCUGAGAACCAGCUGUUACCGGGAGAGGUGGCGGAGCCUGAGGGGGAGGUGGCAGACGAGGGCAGGGAGAGGGAAUCGGACAGAGACAGUGCAGUGGAAAGCACCCAAGGGUCAGACACCUCCGACGGGCCGAUCAGACCUGGAGACAAGGAAGACGCACUGGGUCAUCUCUUCUUCCCUGGGGAGAAGUGUGGUCAGACCAGCGUCUCAGUGACCUCUGACCUUUCCUCGGCCUCUCUGAACGAGGAGCAGUUUGAGGACUACGGCGAAGGGGAGGAACCGGACUACGCUCCCAGCAGCCCCAGCCCAGACGACGAGACUCGAACCAACGGGUGCUCCGACCUCGGCUCAUCUGUUCCCUCUAGCGCGGGCCAGACUCCUCGUAAGGUGCGUCAUCAUUACAACGGGGAAGUGAUGGACGUCUACUGCUCUCAAUGCAGCAAGAAGGUCAACCUGCUGAACGACCUGGAGGUUCGCCUCAAAAACCUCAAGACUAACAGCCCUAUCAGGAAAAUCACCAGCAAUGCUUUCGGCAGGCAGCUGCUUCACAACAGCAACUUGAGCAGCAGUAACGGCAGCACGGAAGACCUUUUCAGAGACAGCAUCGACUCCUGUGACAUCAACAUCAACGAGAAGGUGAGCUCUCUGGAGAAGAAGGUGGCAGAUCUGGAGAGCGAGAUCCUGAUGAACGGAGAUAUCAAGUCCAGGCUGAAGCUGGAGAACACGCAAAUAGUCCACAGGGUCCAUGAGCUUGAGGAGCAGCUGAAAGACCAGGAGACGCGAGCAGAACAAAGUCUGCAUGAGGAGCUGAGGCGACACCGAGAGUCCUACAGCAAGAUGGAGAGGGACAAGAACAUGCAGAUAGAGCUGCUGAGCAACCGAGUGAAGCAGGUGGAGGAGGAGAACAGUGAGAUGGGUCUGAGCAUGAGCCGGCUCAAAUCACAGUCGGAGAAACUGGAUGAGGAGAAGCAAAGGAUGACAGACAAGCUGGAGGACACCAGUCUGCGCCUGAGGGACGAGAUGGACCUCUACAAGAAAAUGAUGGACAAGCUGAGACAGAACAGACAACAGUUCCAGAAGGAAAAAGAAGCCAUGCAGGAGCUUAUUGAGGACCUGCGUCGCGAGCUGGAGCAUUUGCAACUCUUCAAGCUGGAGGCGGAGAGACCCGGCCGCGGUCACGGCUCUUUCUCUGGGCUGGCGGACUUCAACAACAGGACCCGGGAGGUGGAGCUAGAGCACGAGGUCAAGAGGCUCAAGCAGCGAUUAGCGUCCCAGGACUUUCUCCCCCAUGAACUCCAGCACCUGGUGUUGUCUGGGGCUCGGCUCCGCCCUGGUCUGAUGGAGAGCCAGAAGCUGAGGGAGCAGAACGAUGAGCUCAACGGUCAGAUCCUCAGCCUCAGUUUGUACGAAGCCAAAACGCUGUUCGCCACGCAGACCAAGGCCCAGUCCCUCGCUGCCGAGAUAGAGAACGCCUCCAGAGACCAGUUGAUGGAGGCCCUGAAGGAGCAGGAGGAAAUCAACAUACGCCUGCGACAGUACAUGGACAAAAUCAUCCUGUCCAUCCUGGACCACAACCCCUCCAUCCUGGAGAUCAAGGGCGAAUAGCAGUGACUCAACUGAGAGGAUUGUUCCAGAUCUCUGGGGGCCGGGGAUCUUUCCAGUUGUUUGAGCAGAACCUGCGACCCGGGUCAGGAACCUGUGCAGGAGAGCAGAGGGAGCCAGAGCCGGUCCGAGGCAACUGGAACGAAUGAAUACACACGCGUCGCCACCGGCUCCCGGUGGCGGGAAGAGAACCUCCAGGACGGAAUUCUGCACUGAACUAAAGCGAGUUUCUAUGUCUCAACUAGGAAUCGCUCCCGGACUGCAGGUCAUACCACUGUGACUCUUCCAGCCCGCUCUGUUUUUGAUCCGCUGUCUUAUGCUGUGAACUGAAGUCACUGUAAACAACUUCUGAUCUCAUUUGACAAAGCAGGUGAUUUCUCCACUUCGCGAAACACUCUCUGAGGAGGAUGUGACAUGCCACGAUGUCGUGCUCUGGACACGUGUACCUCGGCACAACAACUGGAACAAUGUAACAAACCUGUAUCCUGGUGUAGUGUUAGCUGUCUUAUCCACAGGCGGCUAAUAUAUUUGAUAUGAUGUUUUCGAGAAAUGCAGUGAAACCAGAACCCUCAAGAGGCACGAAGGCCGACCAGUCCAGUGUCACCUGAUCUGUAAACGGCCUCCUCUCUUCUCCCCUGUCACGCAGGCGUUCUCUGGAGAAUGCGUGUUGUUAUAUCUUUUGGACCCGGAGCAUUCUUAGAGAGGCUAGAGAAAAGUGUCAAAGGUGGUCAGAGAGAGAAAACAAAGAGAGGGGAGCAGAAGACGUGGGGCGUUCGACGGCGGGCAAAGCGAAAGGAGGGUUUAAGUGAAGUCGGUGAUGGUUGAGAGAAGGUGAAUUUUGUAUCCGUUAAUUCUUGAGAACAUGUCUUCCAGUGAGCUUGCGGUGUCAAUCAGUCCGAUAGUGAAUCACAGAGAAGUGGCCCUGAGUCGGUUCAGAUGAUCAUCACUUUAAGCUGCGACCGAGGAGUGUCUUUAAGAUGUGACUUCCAUUGCUGCCGUUUGCCAGCAGUGUGUCGGCUUGGGAGGGAAAAUAAAAUAAAGUACAUCGUUGCUAGAAGUGGACCCGAUGACGUUGCACAGAAAUGUACAGAUAUGAAUGUACGGGGUGUGGUGACUGGUGGCCGAGCCAACUCCCUACGCUCGGCGAAAUCAACUCAGAUAUUGUACGUGAGCAGCACAGGAGACUCACUUUGUGGAACACACAAACUGGAAUUGGCGAUUUCGUUGAAGCCUACAGGUUAGAGAUUGUUUUUUAAAUCCCCCUGAAACUCUUUAUACUAUAAAUAUCAUGAAUGUAUAACUGGAUAUUUCCCCCCUGAAUCGCUGUAAUUGUUCUGCGGUACGUUGGAACACACAUGUACAGUAUUGGGUACUGUAAUGAGGACGGCGUUGUUCAGGGGAAGGGAAACGAUUACAUUCUGCUGUAUUAUGUAAUUACUCCAAACUUAAGUUUUGCUUCCUUGCACAAAAACAAACAAACAACUUCUUUGUUUCCUUCUGCAUGAUUCACCCUUUCUUCUGUCGGUGCCUUUUUUUAAGGAAAUUUUUUCGAGACGACAUCGCGAUAGAUUCACAUAGUUUUCCGAGGGUACGUUAUAUGUCUACGUCCGACAUAUUUCCUUGACUUGUAAAUGUUGUAAUUAAAUCGUGAUACUUUGUAUUCAUGUGCCACUCACCACUCUUUUUUCAGAUUGAUACUACAAAAACUAUUUUCUACAGUUUUAUCUUUUUAGGUUUCCUAUUAUUAAAGCGGUAUAGCACAAUUCUUUGUGUGGCACGCAGGCCAGGUUAGCGUUUUGGGAAUAUUUUGUCAAUGUGAUGAUUUUUUAAAAUGCAGUCAGGGAUUUAAUGUUUCAGUUCACGGUAAGUCCAUUGCUUUUCAAACUGCUUUAAAAUUGCUUUUAUAUGGUUGUAAACUGUCUUCCUAACUUAAACUAAAUGGUGAGAAAUAUGAGCAAUAUUAACUUAUUUACCAAUACCGCCUGAUUUGUGUCUUCACACGCUUCACACAUCUUUUCCUUUCGAGCUGCUCUAGAGGAAAAAAAGAAGAGCUGUACAAUUUGUCACAAACCCAUUUUAGGUAGCUCUUACAUUUUUAAUUAUUAGGACUAUCUUAUUCGAUGUAGUCGCUAUAAACAGCAAUUAAAAUGGCUUUGGCAGUGAGGCUGUCUCAAAAAUGUCUUGUUUUAAAUUACGUUCAUGUCUCCUCAUUUCCAUUUGUGAUAUUUCUAAAAGAAGAUAUCACUUGUUCUAUGCUGCUAAUUGUGUUGUACAUCCUGAGCUGUAAAUAAAAAAUAUUUCCGCUGA